AUUUUUACUCGUUGAAGUGUUGUUUAUCGGGUGUGGUAUCUUUCAUUUUGUUGAUUCGAUUACAAAGGUCGCCAGUAUUGAAAUUGAUAACCAUUGUUAAGCGAUACUUGAAAUUUCUUAAUGAACCAAGAUGGCCGUCCAACAGAAUGCACGUCUACUUUUGUUAUCUAAUUCAACAAUGGCCAAUCAGCCAUAUCUUCAAUGGCCUAAAAAGUUAAUCAAAGAUUUUCUAAAUGUUUCUCAAGUAAAAGAGAUUCUGUUCAUUCCAUUUGCCGGUGUUAGUAUUGAAUGGGAUGAUUAUUCGGAUAAAGUUAAACAUGCAUUGGAAAAUGAUUUCAAAGUAAAACCGAUACAUCAUUGUUCCAACUAUGAAGAAGCAGUGCAAAAUGCCGAAGCCAUCAUGAUAGGUGGUGGUAACACUUUUCAUUUGUUAUAUAAACUAUAUGAACACAAUCUUUUGGAUUCGAUUAAAAAACGAGUACUGGAUCCAGUAAAACCGAUUCCAUAUAUUGGAUGGUCAGCCGGAUCAAAUGUAGCCGGACCAGAUAUUGGUACAACAAACGAUAUGCCCAUCAUAUGGCCACCAAGUGAUCUUGCUUUAAAUCUGGUUCCAUAUAAUCUAAAUCCACAUUAUAACGAAUGGCAACCUCCAAAUCUCAAGGCUGAAACUCGUAUUGAUCGCUUAAAUGAGUGCAUUCAGAUUAAAAAAAGAACAAUUAUUGCUUAUGCUGAAGGUGUUGGUAUUCGAGUGGAAAAUGGUCAACAUCAAAUUGUUGCACCGAAAUUCCAUGAUCAUAGUUGUUUUAUCGAUAACAAAGAUAAUCGUAUUGUAAAAGUAUGGACAUAUGAAAAUGACAAGAUUCAAAUCGAUGAAAUUCCUCUCACUGAUUCGGCAACACUAAAUCAUUAUGUCAAAUGAAGAAAAACGAAUUUCGCAAGCAAUAUUUUGUAUUGAAAUUUUUUUUUUUAAAUCAAGUGAUUAUACAUUGUCAAAAAAUUGAAAUGAAUGAUGAUUAUGA